AUGGAGAAGAGGGCCCUGGAGCAGAGCAGGGCCGCUGUGGUGACCAUGAUUGCCUGUGGGAUUGCCUGGCUUUGGCCUUCUGCAUUGGAGCGUCACAUUUCCCACAUGGAGGCUGACGGAGCCAGUGCGGCUGGACGGAAAAGCACGGCGAGCAGGGAGCGCUUGAAGCGCAGCCAGAAGAGCGCCAAGGUGGAGGGGCCGGAGCCCGUGCCGGCCGAGGCCUCGCUGAGUGCCGAGCAGGGAACGAUGACGGAGGUGAAGGUGAAGACAGAGGUGCCCGACGACUACAUCCAGGAGGUGAUCUGGCAGGGCGAGGCCAAGGAGGAGAGCAAGGUGGUCAGCAAGGAUGGGACCGGCGACGUUCCCGCCGAGAUCUGCGUGGUGAUCGGCGGCGUCCGCAACCAGCAGACCCUCGGGUCCUAUGAGUGUGGAAUCUGUGGCAAGAAGUACAAGUAUUACAACUGUUUCCAGACCCACGUACGCGCACACCGAGGUGAGGAGACCCCAGGAGGAGAGGGGGCGUCCCCCACAGACAAUUUCAGGUACACGUGCGACAUCUGCGGCAAGAAGUACAAGUACUACAGCUGCUUCCAAGAGCACCGAGACCUGCACGCCGUGGAUGUGUUUAGUGUGGAAGGGGCCCCCGAGAAUCGGGCAGACCCCUUCGACCAAGGCGUCGUGGCCGCUGAAGAGGUGAAGGAGGAACCCCCGGAACCAUUCCAGAAAAUCGGGCCAAAAACCGGCAAUUACACCUGUGAAUUCUGCGGGAAGCAGUACAAGUACUACACACCCUACCAGGAGCACGUGGCCUUACACGCCCCCAUCAGUACCGCCCCCGGGUGGGAGCCGCCGGACGAUCCAGACACGGGCUCUGAGUGUUCACAUCCAGAGGUCUCCCCGUCUCCACGCUUCGUGGCCGCGAAGACCCAGACGAACCAGUCGGGGAAAAAAGCUUCGGCCUCCGUGGUCCGAUGCUCCACCCUCUUACACCGCACCCCUCCAGCCACCCAAACCCAGACGUUCCGCACUCCAAAUUCAGGAUCUCCAGCCAACAAGGCAACCUCAGAAAGCGCUUUCAGUCGGAGAGUAGAGAGCAAAGCACAAAACCACUUUGAAGAGACGAACAGCAGUUCCCAAAACUCCAGCGAACCCUACACGUGUGGCGCCUGUGGGAUCCAGUUCCAGUUCUACAACAACCUGCUGGAGCACAUGCAGUCCCAUGCGGCGGACAACGAGAACAACAUCACCUCUAACCAGUCCCGAUCGCCACCUGCUGUUGUGGAAGAGAAGUGGAAACCCCAGGCCCAGAGGAACAGCGCCAACAACACCACGGCCAGCGGUUUAACAUCCAACAGCAUCAUCCCUGAGAAGGAGCGGCAGAACAUCGCAGAGCGGCUGCUGCGGGUCAUGUGCGCUGACCUGGGAGCGCUGAGCGUGGUGAGUGGGAAGGAGUUCCUGAAACUGGCCCAGACGCUGGUGGACAGUGGCGCCCGCUACGGGGCUUUCUCCGUCACCGAGAUCCUGGGCAACUUCAACACGCUGGCGCUGAAGCACCUGCCGCGCAUGUAUAACCAGGUGAAGGUGAAGGUGACGUGUGCCUUGGGCAGCAACGCCUGCCUGGGCAUCGGCGUCACCUGUCACUCGCAGAGCGUGGGCCCCGACUCCUGCUACAUCCUCACUGCCUACCAGGCCGAGGGCAACCACAUCAAGAGCUACGUGCUGGGCGUGAAGGGAGCGGACAUCCGUGACAGCGGCGACCUGGUGCACCACUGGGUGCAGAACGUGCUGUCAGAGUUCGUGAUGUCGGAGAUCAGGACAGUGUACGUGACGGACUGCCGGGUGAGCGCGUCCGCCUUCUCCAAGGCCGGCAUGUGCCUCCGCUGCUCCGCCUGUGCCUUGAACUCGGUGGUGCAGAGCGUGCUGAGCAAGCGGACGCUGCAGGCCCGCAGCAUGCACGAGGUCAUCGAGCUGCUCAACGUGUGCGAGGACCUGGCGGGCUCCACCGGCCUCGCCAAGGAGACCUUCGGGUCGCUGGAGGAGACCUCGCCGCCGCCCUGCUGGAACUCGGUCACGGACUCGCUGCUGCUGGUGCACGAGCGCUACGAGCAGAUCUGCGAGUUCUACAGCCGGGCCAAGAAGAUGAACCUCAUCCAGAGCCUCAACAAGCACCUGCUCAGCAACCUGGCAGCCAUCCUGACGCCGGUGAAGCAAGCGGUCAUCGAGCUGAGCAACGAGAGCCAGCCCACCCUGCAGCUGGUGCUGCCCACCUACGUCCGGCUGGAGAAGCUGUUCACGGCCAAGGCCAACGACGCGGGCACGGUCAGCAAGCUGUGCCACCUCUUCCUGGAAGCCCUCAAGGAGAACUUCAAGGUGCACCCGGCGCAUAAGGUGGCCAUGAUCCUGGACCCACAGCAGAAGCUGCGGCCGGUCCCGCCGUAUCAGCACGAGGAAAUCAUCGGCAAGGUGUGCGAGCUCAUCAACGAGGUCAAGGAGUCCUGGACGGAGGAGGCCGACUUCGAGCCCGCCGCCAAGAAGCCUCGCUCCGCCGCCGGCGAGAACCCCGCCGCUCAGGAAGACGAUCGGCUGGGCAAGAACGAGGUGUACGAUUACCUGCAGGAGCCCCUCUUCCAGGCCACCCCCGAUCUCUUCCAGUACUGGUCGUGCGUGACCCAGAAGCACACGAAACUCGCCAAGCUGGCCUUCUGGCUCCUCGCGGUCCCGGCCGUGGGGGCCAGGAGUGGGUGUGUCAGUAUGUGUGAGCAGGCGCUUCUCAUCAAAAGGAGGCGACUGCUCAGCCCCGAAGAUAUGAACAAACUCAUGUUUCUGAAGUCCAACAUGCUUUAAGACUUCUACUUCCGAACAAAAGAAAAGCGAGAGGGAACGGUAGGGGAAAAAAAAUUUACACAACACUGUCGCCAACAAAGGAAAGGAGUUUAAGUUCUAAACACUGUGGACCUCAUUCUAAACGCCCCCUGGAAACUUAAGUGCUUUUUCCAGUGUGUGUGUGCAUGUGUGUGUCCCAGCACGCGGACCGUGGGUGCGGGGCACGAGGCUCUUUUGCUCAUCUGCGUGGCCGCCGUAGCUUCGCACACGCGUGCACACACAUACUACCCUGGUGCAUGUCCACGCCUGCUCGUGGGCGCGUGUGCAUUAAACUGGGCGUGUCGGGAAAGCCGAGGGUGUGGGAAAGAGGGAAAACGCUCACCUCGUUUCCUUGCCAAGGGGCUUCGAAGACUUGGUUUUCAGGUGCGCAGGUUGGUAGGACGCCGAUGUUGCAAGGUGUUCAGGCAGCUGAGAUCUGAAGUGACUUGACGCGCUCUGUCCUCAGCCCGUGGUCCCCCUUUUCCCUUCAUGCCCCCUCCCCGCAGCCCUCCUCACCCUAAGGCGCCCUCCCCGGCUGCCCCGCGAUGGAUUCUCCAAACCGCAUCAGAUGGACAGUUUCUGCACUGGACUUUGUUCUUGUUCACCUUCAGGGCAUUGAGCAGCUGCCUUCGAGACACUGCGGGUGUCACGGGGCAGCCGCCUUAGAAACACACCUAUCUAUCUCCCCAGAUCAGGAAAGGAGACUUUAAGAAUAGAAAGCUGACUUUUGGCUUUUUAAUAUAAGAAGAAGAAGAAAAAAAAAGACAUAUUUCAGAGAAGUAUAGAUACUAUCUCCACUCCUUAAUUCUCUUCCUAACAUUUUAGCCGUUUUUAUCUUUUGGUUUCGUUUUUUUUUCAAAUUUGAUUUAGACUCUGCUAGGAGGCACUGAAUGUCUAUAACUUAUGUUUUGAAGGUUGUUUGUUUUUUUUUAACUGCCAUUUUUGUUCCUCAAGUCACACUGUAAACGA